GGGACGAGUUAAUGUGAACUGCUCAGGGUACCCGUCGACAACCACGCACGUUUCAAAGGGAUUUCAGAUGCCUCGUACCCAAUACUACAGUUUGUUUAUUCAGCUGUCACAUGUGACAUCCAUCUUGCUCUGUGUGUGUACACACCAGGUAGCUGUCGUUCGCCAGGUCUGGUGAAGUACUGUGCUGUGCUGUACCCUGUCCUGUGUAUACGUGCAACAACAACAACGACAACAGGACAACAAGGACAAGUACCUCUGGUCUUACUUUACAGGAUAAUUCCACAACACAACUUAUCAAGAAACUUGACAACAAUGCAGUCUUCCAUGACCUGUGUACGGCUGAUGAAGCAGCACUCUUCUAGGCUACCAGCUCUUCUGCGCUUGUCCCCAAGACCCGUCACAACCCAGAUUGGAUCCAGACGAGACUACGCAAGCCUUCACCGCGAUCAGGCGUACAUCGGGGGCGCUUGGGUGUCCGGCAACGACGGAAAUACUUAUCCGGUGAUCAAUCCAGCCAAUGGGGUUGAGAUUGGACGCAUUCCUGACCUCGGGGUAGCCGAGACGGAGGAUGCCAUCAAAGCUGCGUAUCAAGCAUUCCAGGUCUGGCGAGAAACGACCGCUAAAGAGAGGAGUGACAUCUGUAGGAAGAUGUUCAAUCUGAUGAUGACUAACCAGGAGGAGUUGGCUAAAAUUAUCACAGCUGAAAAUGGUAAACCUCUCGCUGAAGCAAUGGGAGAAAUUACCUACGGUGCCUCUUUCUUUGAGUGGUUUGCAGAAGAAGGCAAGCGCUGCUAUGGUGAUAUUGUACCGACUAUGACCAAGAGUAAACGCAUGUUGCACAUGAAACAACCCGUGGGCGUGGCAGCCAUGAUCACACCCUGGAAUUUUCCCAAUGCCAUGAUAACAAGGAAGCUAGGAGCUGCCCUGGCUGCUGGCUGUACGGCUGUUAUAAAACCUGCUGAGGAUACCCCACUGUCUGCUCUAGCAUUGGCUGCUAUUGCAGAAGAGGCUGGAGUCCCACCAGGGGUCGUCAACGUUGUGACCUGCUCCAGAAGUAAUGUUUCUCAAGUUGGUAAACACCUCUGCAAGAGCCCCUUAGUGGCUAAGAUAUCCUUCACAGGCUCCACUGCCGUAGGGAAGAUCCUCCUUGAGCAAUCUGCAAGUACCGUCAAACGAGCCUCGAUGGAGCUAGGUGGUAAUGCUCCCUUCAUUGUCUUUGAUUCAGCCUCAGUGGAUGAUGCUGUUGCUGGAGCUAUUGCCAGUAAAUUCCGAGGCAACGGGCAGACCUGCGUAUGCGCAAAUCGCCUCCUUGUACAGGAUGGAGUCUAUGAUGAAUUCUGUGGUAAACUUAGAGAUAAGAUCAGUCAGUUAGUUGUUGGAGAUGGGAUGCAGCCUGGGGUCACCCAAGGACCACUGAUUAAUGACAGAGCUGCGGAAAAGGUUGAAAAACAUGUAAACGAUGCGGUGUCGAAAGGAGCUCAGCUCAUCAUUGGAGGAAAGAGACACCAACUCGGCCGUUCGUUCUUUGAGCCAACUCUUUUGACUGAUGUCCCUAAGGAUGCAUUGGUCUGUUCUGAGGAGACAUUUGGACCUCUUGCGCCCGUCAUCAGGUUCACAACGGAGGAGGAGGCUUUGAUCAUGGCUAACUCAACUGAUUCUGGUUUAGCCAGCUACUUCUACUCCAACGACAUCGGCCAGAUAUGGAGAGUCGCUGAGAAACUUGAGUUUGGCAUUGUGGGUAUUAACGAGGGUCUGGUGUCGUCUGAGGCUGGAGCAUUCACCGGGAUUAAGCAGUCGGGAUUAGGAACCGAAGGAUCCAAGUAUGGGAUUAAUGAAUAUCUGGAUAUUAAAUAUGCCUGUUUCGGGGGAAUUUGAGUCUCUUACAGCCAAAGUAUACCGGUACUCAACCAAAGUAUAUUCAACCAAAGAUGGAGAAUUCAUUGCUUAUCCACUUGCCUGAACAAGAUUAUUUGACCCGAAUCUGAAAGAUCUUCCGGCAAAUUUUCUACAGACAAAAAUAAAUGCCAUGUAAAGUAGGCCUGGGCAAAUUUUCUACACUACACUAGAAGUACCUCAAAUAGUCCUGACUACCACUUUAGUGGCGACUAAUUUUUAAUUCUCAAGAUGCAUUAUGGCAAUGUUUGCUGCUGAUGCAUGAUAGUAAAAUUCAUGCUAAAAACGUUUGAAGGAUUGUGUCACUGAUGUCUGAAUGUGUUUUGACUUUUGUCGUGUAUAGUCAAUAGCGACACAAUUGUUUCUUCAAACAGGUAUUCGCGACUGUUUUUGAAGUAGUCGCAACUUUUUGUUGUAGUACUACACGACUACUAAGUCGUGCAGCACAAUUAAUCGAGUAGUUGAAAAACGGUAUUUGCGACUUGACUACGCAAUCAAUAGUCGCACUAGUCACCCGGCCCUUUUUAGAAGUUGCGACUAUUUUGUAGUAAUCGUGGCAGCACGUUUAAUUGUGUAGUUGAAAAACAGUAGUUGCAACUCGGCUAAAUAAUCAAUAGUCCUGACUCGACUAAGCAAUCAAUAGUCAGGACGACUACACUAGUCGCCGAAGUCACCAAGGCCUAAUUUAAAGGGAGAUUUCAACUAUCAUGAUUGUAAAUUACAAACAAAUUGUAUAGAACUCUGAAUUCGUAUGUAUUCUUUUAAUUUUUACUUGUAUGAUAAUUGUCCUAAGGUGUUUAUUGCAUUGUAAUCAAAGAACAGACGACCAUCGAGGGACACACUUAAUAUUUAUUAUAGAUCCUGCUGAAUGAUUGGUCCAAUAAACAUUUAAAUUCCAGCUGUUUAUUACUUACAGCACAUUCCACUUCCAGCUGUUUGCAGCAGCCACAAUUACAAAACAUUGGCGCAAUUAUUCAGUAACUAAAAAUGAAAUUAUCAAUCUAUCAAAUCAAAUAUUGGAAGCUAUUGGAUGCAUUGUUGCAAAAUAUAUUCAGAAGAUUUAAUCUAAGCUAUUCCAUUUCAUAAGGCCAAGCAAGGUAAAGUGAUUAUGUUCUGCGAUGAUUAACAACAACAAAUGAAUGCGAUGUUUAUGUUAUAUUAUAUAAAUCCUUGUCAUUUUACUUUGUGUUUACAACAAACACAAAAAAGGACACCGAAUCGCAUCCACACCACUCAUAGAUCUAAAACCCUUAACAAUAUGGUGACUCCAUGAAGACAUCAAUCUUCUCAACCCUGAAAAUACAACCGGGUAACAAUUAGUUUGGAAUCUACACUGGGAUGCUUCCAAUAGUUAUUGUUAUUGGAUGGGUGUAAGUCCAAUGGUUAAUGAUAUUGGAUGGGCGUAUGCCUAGUUCAUGGAGCCCAAGCUUUUGGUGUCAGCAGCAGAGUGUGGGUUCAAAGGUCAUGACACUUGUGCCCUUGAGAAAUACACUUAUUACCAUAAUUGUCAAAGGUAGUGCAUUCUAAUGUUUCAUACCAAUGCUUAUUACCCUGUAUUCUGUGAAGGAGGUAACCCUGUUUCAGCACCAGGAGUAGCUGGCAGCAUGCCCCUGGUGACAGUUGAUUUGGGUCGGCAGCCCAAAUCAGUCAUUGUAGCUCACACCUCGAAGUGGCCGCGGACCUUGUGUUGAAAGCAAUAUUUAUCUCAUUAAGAAAAACAUAGUUUUUGUUAUUUACUUUCAAAAAUUAAGUAUCCUAAAACCGUACUUGUUAAAGAGCACUGGAGAGCUGUUAAUGUUAUCAAACUUCCCAUUUGAAGUUAUGUACUUUUUGAGAAUGGGGUAAUUAUUUCACCACAAAAUUGAAUCUAACGAUGGCUUCAGGGAUGAAGCCUUUUUCAGGCAUCUGAAGUAACUUCAUUCUUUGCAACGAGGGUGGGUUUUUUUAUGAAAAAUUGGUGAGCCAAAUAUUGUAUGUAUUUGUUGGGAAACACCAAACAAGGGUACUAUUCUUUGAUAACUACCAGAAGUUUACCCUGCCUUUUAAUUCUGAAGAUUGCACCAGUAACUACGUAGCAAAAUAAUUGAUGUCAUAUGAUUUGUUUUCCACCAAUCAAAUGAGAAGGAUCUGUUUGUGUGGGAUGUGACAACAGUUUAAUAUAGCCUGGUUUUAAGGAGUGAAAUGACCUCUAUCACAAUGUAUUUGUAAUUAAUAAAUCCCCCAGAGAUUGUAUAUGCACUCCGAUUGGUCCAAGACUGGUCACAUGGUGAUGUAAUAAUAUGUGAUAUAAAGACUGGUUGUGUGAACUAGCAAAUAAAUGGCCCCUAAACAAGCAUAUUGUU